UCCCGUCGCUCCACCCCGGCCACCGGCCGCCAUGCGGAUCCGCAGGUGCGCCUCCCUCAUCAGCUGCUCUUCCGCUGAGCCGCCGCAGCCGCACCCCUCAUCAGCUGCUCUUCCGCUGAGCCGCCGCGAUUCGAGCUGCCCGCGCCUGCGCCGCCGGCCCCAGCCGACGAAUCCCGGCCCGGCUUAGUGGCGCCCGACGCCUCCUCCUCCGGGGAGCCCUGCUGCGAGCUCAGCCAGUCUCCGUGGGACCUCAUGGACCAGCUCGACCUCUCGGAUCCCCAGGUGGAGAAGCUGUUCGAGGAGACUCACUUCGUCAGUGUCACCUGGCGAUCUAGCUGGCUAUUCCUACCCAGCAUGCCUGCAUUCGGCUCUAUCAAGGAGGACCAGGAGCAGGAGGACAUGUCCGAGGGGGUUGAACUGCACAUUAUUGCUGCAAAAAAGAUGGCGAGAGAGAAGAAUGGGAGCAAGCUGAAGAAAAAUAAGGGGGUGAAACUGAAGAAAGGAGUCUGGACGUGCAGGAAGAACGACGGCAAGGGUUGGUUCUGCCGGCGGCUCACGAGAGAGCCCAAUUCCUACUGCUCGUACCACUCGGAUCAUAAGCUGAAGCUACCUGGCAGUGAGAAGCCACAUGGGAAGAGAGCCCCGGUCAACGUCGGCGAGGAGUUCUACUACUAUGCCGGGUUCGGCCCCGGCACCAAGAGGCGCCGCACGCCAAGCAGCGACAGCGUGCCCGAACCUCCACUGCUUGCUGAACCACUGAAGGAGGAGGCACCAUCUGAAAUAGAAACUUAAUUUUGAUGCAGACCAGGCACAAGCGAACAAAUCAGACCAUCAGGCGGUGCUCCCACCAUCGGCACAUGUCGCCGACGAGCCUACUCUCAACGAUGGCACUGCUAGGAUCAGCAGUGAUGGUGACGUGCCGGAACCUCCACUGCCUGCGGAACCACCGAAAGAGGAGGCACCGUCCGAAAU